AUGACAGAUAUCAAGCCAGAAACAAAUUCCGAUAUAGAGGCCUACUUAAAAGAAAAGGGAAUCCUUACUGAAUCCUACGACGACCCUGAAUUCAACAAGUUAAUCCAGGAAUUAACCACCCACUUCAAUUGGGAUAAAUUAGAAGAAUGUUUUGCGUUUGCCCUUACCGAAUAUGCCAAAUCAAUAGAAGCACUUCAAGAAAGACUGGCUCUGUUGAUCCGGAGACAAAGUGCAUGGAGUGAAGUGCUUUGUGCUGUUGAUCGAGACAAGAGUGUUGCUAGGAUUCAAGUUUGUGGAGAUCAUAUUCAGAAUAAGCAAGCCAAGUUGAAUGUCAUGAAGGAACAGUUGAAGAAAGCAAUUGGUCUGAUCCGCGAUCAUUCAAGUUCAAUGGAGAAAUCUACAUAA